AAAGAAGAAAGCGCAGGAGCAGGGUAUUCCGAAGCGCAGCAGAUAAUUUAUUAAUUAAUUGGUUUUUGUUUUGGGUGUUUUAUUUCUGCUUCCUUCGUUGCUCUGUUUCUUCAAAAUAUCAAAAAACCACUCUCUCUCUCUCUCUCGAUCACACCGAGAGAACCGUACUCCUCCACCGCUUCCCCCCUCCGUCGUAUUUUCCGGCCACAGCCGCCGCCUUUGGAGUUUCACGAUGAGGGCAAACUGGAUUAUUUUUAGCAAAAUAUGUAAAAACGAUUACCGUAGAACACAUUUUAAAUGUGCCAGUACCUAUGGAGCGCUAGAGUCAUUAAGCGGAAUGAAUGGCUCAAUAGCGAAGCCAAUAAAAUAUGUCCUUUGCACUGCACUUAGUUCUUGUGCAAAAACUCUGAAUUGGCGUGUAGGUAUACAAAUCCAUGCUUACAUGAUUCGAUCUGGAUAUGAUGGUAAUUUGUUCCUUAGUAGUGCACUUGUUGAUUUCUAUGCCAAAUGUUUUGCUAUUGUGGAUGCAAGGAAGGUAUUUAGUGGCAUGAAAAUACAUGAUCAUGUGUCAUGGACUUCACUUAUUACUGGAUUCUCAAUAAAUGGACAAGGAAGAGAUGCCUUCUUGUUGUUCAAAGAGAUGUUAAGCACCCAAAUUAAGCCCAAUUGUCUUACCUUUGCUAGUGUCAUUAGUGCCUGCGUGGGGCAAAGUGGGGCCCAUAAACAUUCUUCAACUCUUCAUGCUCAUGUUGUCAAGCGGGGAUAUCAUACUAACAAUUUUGUAGUCAGCUCAUUAAUUGAUUGUUAUGCAAAUUGGGGACACAUUGAUGACUCUAUAUUAUUAUUUGAUGAAACUAGUGAGAAGGAUACUGUUAUAUACAAUUCUAUGAUCUCUGGUUAUUCUAAAAAUCUGUACAGUGAAGAUGCAUUGAAGCUAUUUCUUGAAAUGAGGGGAAAAAAUUUGAGUCCUACUGAUCAUACUUUAUGUACCAUUUUAAAUGCUUGCAGCAGCCUUGCAUUGCUCCUUCAAGGAAGACAAGUGCAUUCUCUUGUUAUUAAAAUGGGUUCAGAAAGGAAUGUGUUUGUGGCCAGUGCUUUGAUUGAUAUGUAUUCAAAGGGUGGCGAUAUUGAUGAGGCUCAAUGUGUGUUAGAUCAAACAACUAAGAAGAAUAAUGUGUUGUGGACAUCCAUGAUUAUGGGUUACGCCCAAUGUGGGAGAGGUUCAGAGGCUUUGGAACUUUUUGAUUGUCUAUUGAUAAAGCAAGAGUUAAUUCCUGAUCAUAUCAGCUUUACUGCUGUCUUAACAGCUUGUAAUCAUGCAGGAUUUCUUGACAAAGGGGUGGAAUACUUCAACAAAAUGACAACAAAUUAUGGCUUGUCUCCAAAUAUAGAUCAAUAUGCUUGCUUGAUUGAUCUUUAUGCUAGAAACGGAAAUUUAAGUAAGGCGCGGGAUUUGAUGGAAGAAAUGCCUUAUGAUCCAAAUUAUGUAAUUUGGAGUUCUUUCUUGAAUUCUUGCAAGAUUUAUGGAGAUGUAGAACUUGGGAAGGAGGCUGCUGAUCAACUUAUUAAGAAGGAUCCAUGUAACGCAGCACCAUAUUUAACACUAGCACAUAUCUAUGCAAGAAAAGGUUUAUGGAAUGAAGUAGCUGAAAUGAGAAGGCUUAUGCGACAAAGGAGAAUAAGAAAAUCUGCAGGAUGGAGUUGGGUAGAGGUAGAUAAGUAGUUUCAUAUAUUUGCAGUUGAUGAUAUAAUUCAUCAACAAUCAAAUGAAAUCUUUAAAAGAGUUAGAAAAUAUUACUUGGGAAUCAAUAGAAGCGUCAUCUUAUGUAGUAGGGGAUAACAAUAUUGUAGCAUACGUCUACUUCUCUUGGAGUGCAUAUUCCAAUUUAUGAUGCAGUGACUGCUGUACAUGGAGGUUGAUUACGCUUUUCAGUAUGUUUUAUGGUUCUCCUUUUUGAAUCUUGCUUCAAGCUGAGAAAAUAGAUGUACUAGGACAGUGAAACAGUGCAUUAAAGUUAUAGUGUGUAUGAAGAGAAUAGAGAUACAAGGAGGCAUAGAUAAUGGUUAAUGUUUGAUUUAUCUUCAGAUGAAAUCUCUAAUGUAGUAGCUGACUCCUAUUGGUGCUUGUCAAAGUUGCUUGAUGUUAUGCAAGAUCAUUAUACAUUUGCUCAACCAGGAACUCAAACGCUUGUUUUUAAAUUGAAGGAAUUGGUCAGGAGGAUUGACGUGGUCAGACAAGCUCCAGUUGCUUGAUUUCCAACAGUUGGUUAUAUUACUUCAACACCUUGCAACUAAGAACUGGACCCAGCAGGAGAUCGACUCGGUACUUUCCGCGCAUUUAUGUGGCAAAGCAUGUUCAACGACCUCCGAGCCAUUUAGUUAGCUGAGCAAGCAAUUGCGAUUUUCAUUAUUUAGUCACUCUGUUUUCUGAUUUUUUCCUUCCCAUCCGACUUUUUUCCCCUUAGGGUGAGAUGAACAAUUUUUUUAACCAAUUUUUACAUGUAUUUUGCGCCGCAAUAUCUUGUAAAGGAGAGAUAAAAAUAAACAGGAGAGAGAUAGAGAAAGAGAUUUUUUUUUAUAUAGUUUUAUUGUUGUAUUAAUUUUUGUAUAAUACAUAUUCUAGUAAUGUCAGCAAGCGAUAUAAUUGCUUCUCAUUUCUUGGUUGAA